AUGACGCCCUCCGCUCAAGUCGUCAACGCCAACCCCAACCCUUACCUUGGCGACAAGGUGGGUGACCUCGCUUCCGCCUCGGAAACAAUUCCGAAAGCGAGCCGCGUCGAUCCGGCACGCUUCCUUAGUCAAGCAUCGCACGACCGACCUGCAUCUGCCAUCCGAUCUCUCUUCCCUGCCGAGCUGAUUCCCGGCAUGCUCUCGCUGCUUGCUGGCAAGCCCAACCCGGACACGUUCCCAUUCGAGAGCGUCUCGCUCAACCUCAAGGCCGAGGCGGAAGCUGGACCUACCCAGCUCGACAUCCGGGGCGAGGACCUCGUAACCUCUCUCCAGUACGGUGCCACUGCGGGUAUCCCCAAGCUUGUUCAGUGGAUCACUCAACUUCAAGUGCACAUGCACAAGAGGGAAGCCGUCACACCCACGUCCAAGCUCAACGGUGUUGCUGGUAGGACACCUUGGCGUGUCACCACGGGUAACGGAUCGCAGGAUUUGCUCAACAAGACGUUCGAGGCUCUGCUGAACCCCGGCGAUGUAAUUCUGUGCGAGUCGCCUGCUUACACGGGUAUCUUGCCCUCGCUGGUGAUGCUCAAGGCGAGGAUUGUACCCGUGGCCAGCGAUGACCAGGGCAUGAUGUCGAGCCGACUUGCCGAGAUCCUGGAAAAGUGGGAGACGGAUCCAGAGACGGCAUCGCUUCCGCGUCCCAAGUGCCUGUACACCACGCCUACAGGUGCUAAUCCUGCCGGCACUACCGCUUCGGAUGAUCGAAAGCGCCAGAUCCUCGCCCUCGCCCGACAGUACGACUUCCUCAUUCUCGAAGACGAUCCGUACUACUACUUGCACUUUGAAGGUCUCGACCAGGAUGCCGUGACACGACCGCGAUGCCGAAGCUACUGGUCACUGGAGGAGGAGCACCGCGAGCGAUGGGGCACGGGCCGAGUAAUGCGCUUUGAGAGCUUCUCCAAGAUCCUCGCAGCCGGUCUUCGAUUGGGCUUUGCAACGGGACCCAACGAGAUCCUCGACGCCGUUGACGCCAACACCGCCAUGGCCAACCUGCAACCGUCCGGCCUCUCCGGUGCCGUCGCCUACGCUCUGCUCAACCACUGGGGCAUCCCCGGCUUCCUGCGACACGUCGACAAUGUCGCACGCUACUACGCCAAGCGUCGUGACAACUUUGAAGCCAAAGCCCAAAAGGUGCUGGGCGCCGCCGGCGUGGCGAAAUGGGUUACGCCUGUUGCAGGGAUGUUCUUGUGGUUGAGGCUCAACCUGCCACCUUCUGGACCUGGUGAGUCGGAGGGUGACAGCUUUGCCCUCAUCUCGGACAAGGCUAAAGCGGCUGGCGUGUUGGCGGUGCCGGGAGUUGCGUUCAUCCCGGAUGGCAGCAAGACGUGCUACGUUCGAACCAGUUUCAGUCUGAUUGCGGAGGAGGACGUGGAGGAGGCCUUCAACCGUCUUCGAGACGUGGUGCUGGACGCGUGGAAGGAGGCUGGCAAGACCAUGCCCAAGCUUGCCUAG